CGGGCUUUCCAUAGAGGCGCGGGAGGUUCUACAGACGGGCACGCGGCCCUCAGCCGCUCUAAAGCGGAAGUUCCGGCUACCUCUCCGGAGGGGGGGGGGGGAAAGGGAAGGCCCUUCGGACAAUGGGACCAUAGAGCAGCCAGGGAGCGGGAGUGGUCCGGCCGAAGGGGGCCGCUCUAUGGGGCUGGGAGCCGCCAUGCUCUAUGAUGCGCGGCGGGGGCCGCAGCCGCAGAAGCGCCGAGGAGGCCCAGCAGCUGCGCAGCCAGUCUGUGCUGAUUGGUUUCUGGAGCUGAGCCCUUUCGAUCACCCAAUUCAGGGAGUCCUUUGUUGUAGUCGGGAUCCGGGGUGUCUGCUCUGCCGCCUCCAGAUCUCUCAUGGCGCUGAAGGCGGAGGCCCCCUUGACGGACUACACCGAAGUCGCUUCAGCCAUCUCACGCUUCAGGGACAAGGAGAAGAUGGCUGUUGAUUCCCGGCUGCACCUCCGCCCCUCGGGGAGGCAGGAUGGAGCCCUUGUGAGCCCCAUGGAGAAAGGACAAUACCCGUUUUCCGACUCGGACAGCCAGGAUGAGCUCGGGAUCUCCUGGAAGCAGGAAUACUUAGUAGCCGAGAAUCCGGACGACAGCCGGCUGGUGUGCAUGGUGUGCGGGGGCUUCUUGGCCACCUCCGGCCCCGCGGCGGCCCACCAGCACAUCCUGCAGCAACACGCGCACUCGCUGGACUUCACCCUGGAAGAGAAGCGCAACAUCUUGGAAGGCUGGAGCGAAGGGGCCGUGCUGCCUCCCGCCGGCGAUUCACCGCCUCCCUCCGCAGGCGGCCCCGGCGAGAACAAGCAGCCUGCCGAAAUCGAAGUCCUCCUUGAUACGGAGGAAGUGCCCGUGAGCCGGAAGCGCGGGCCUGUCCACGCACGCCGCGCGGAGGGCUUGCACGUAGACGCCGAGCGGCGACUUUCCGUCCGACAGAGGCUACCCGCCAAGGAUUCGAGGGGCCAGGAGCCCGUGGAGGCUGCAGGAAAAGAGUGGCUUUCGGAAUGCGGCCUCCCCAGUUCGGCUCCGGCUGAGAUCCGGAUUUUCACCGAUGGCUCCUUCCCCGCUGGAUUCACCCUGAAGCUGUACUGCCGUUCUCAGCCAGAGCCAUCGCAAGGCCCCGGAGCGAAGGCAAACCCCAGGAAAAAAACCGUGGAUCGCGACUGCUCCGUUUCCCUGUUGCGGCUUCACUCCAGGGACGCUGCCAGCCACCUCCACCCAAGCCAGGACACCCUCUCCCCCCGUUGCCCGCUGGGCAGCUCCGCCGACAGCCGCCCCAAAGACUGUGGGGCAGUUCGGGGAGCGGCCCGACGGGGGAGCCCUGCUGGCAAGGAGGCCUCCACCGCCCUGGAGAAAGGCUUCAACCCCAGGUGGCGGGCGCGGUUCCUGGUGGACUUCGACGCCGCCACCGGCCACCUGGUCUGCAUGGUUUGCGAGUACCCCUUGCGACGCAUCUGCCUGGCCACCGUCAAGCAGCACAUCCUCCAGUGCCACGCCGAGACGCUCCAGAUGCCCCGCGAAGUCCGGCGUACCAUCCGCGAAGUCUGGGAGAACCGGUGCCAGCCCUCCGCCCAGGCCCCAAGGAAGUGAGGGGGGGGGCUCUCCAAUCCCGCUUGACUCGGGGAGCCACGAGAAAGGGUUAAAGGAGACCAAAUUUGGGUGGACCAGGCAGGCGCCCAGGGGGGCGGAGCUUGAGAGGAGGAGGCUCCACCCCUUUCCUCGGAAAGCUCCGCCCCGACACUCUUCACUCCUAAUCUCCUUUUGCUGGAGGAGAGAACAGAUUCUGAGCUAACUCUGCCGCUGUUGUUUUUUUUCCAAGUCUUAAUUCUUAUUUUUUUUUUUAUUCUUAUUAUUUGUUUCUAUUUUCAACUUUGCUUUUCCGUCCUAAGCAGAAGCAGCUCUGAUUUCUCUCUGGCCCCAGGCUUUCUUUCUUCCUUCCUUUUUUUUCCUCCUUCUCGCCGGCGAAAUCCCACACCGCAAGAGAAGGGAAAACGGAGAACGGGAGUCGCCGUUAAAUCCGCAAGUCGCGAUGGGAGCGUUUUGCCACCGCCUUCCCCUUAUUUCAGGGUCGGUUCAUUAAAAAGAAAAAAGAAACUCAGGGGGAAAUCCUUUUUUUUGAGUUGCAGUCAGACCCUUUUGCCUUUUUUUAUUAUUGUUAUCUCUUUUUUUUUUUAUGUCCGUCUCCGCAAAAGCUGCAGGAAGAAAUAAGAUGUAGUCAUUGCUGGGAUUAUCAUUUUCAUCGCCAGCAGCGCUGUGUUUCUGCGGUUAAAGGGACGCUGUGCUUUGGUUCCCUGGUUUAACCAAAUAUCAACCUGGGCUUUUCAAACAGAUUCAUAAACCACAGGGAGCAGUAAAAUUAUAUUUUACGUUCUACAAGCGGUCUCCUUUCUAUCGAUGUGCAUUUUUGAGUUCUGUGUUCCGGUUACCGUUUCACUUGUGCUCCUGCAGGGGGGGAAAAGGGGGAGAAUUUCUCUUUUGUUCGAAUCCUGUAGCGGCAAAAAGGUGCCCAGAGACAUAAAC